AUGAAGUGGAAUCUCUUGAUUUUGAGUUUCUUCACUCAGGCUCAAGUCGCAAGGCGAACGAUUAAUCGUUCUUGCCCGGACGCUGAUCUUGGGGAAUUAUGCGACGAAGAUUGCUUUGAGAAGUUUAUCGUUUGUAAAGAUGGCUGUAUGAGCUCUUCUUGUGAACGCCAAUGCGCUGGAGAAUGGACUGACUGCUUCAGAGCUUGUCCAUGUGACGAGCUCUGUCCCAACGGUUGUGAGAAUUGCGAAAAUGCAAUCUGUGGAUGUAAAGACCCCAAGAAUGAUCCGUAUUUCAAGCAAUGUCUGAAGGAAGCGAGGGGAAGAUUGGACGAUUGUUUUGAAUCUUGCGCGACAAAUAACACUUGCUAUGAUGAUUGUUAUGGCGUGUUUGAAGAGGAAAAGAAUUUUUGUCCGUGUAUGAAAAAUUGUCCGAUGGGAUGUUCCUGUGAGGGUGGAUACAAGUGCGAGACUUAUGUGACCGCACUUUGCCAAACUGAUCAGUUUAAUAUUGAUUUUAACGGUUUCACAAGUUUCAAUUAUGUGAUUUCUGUUGAUGGAAGUUUCAAGGACAAACGCCAUUACGAAUCUCCUAUGUAUGGCUAUUAUCCGUAUCUUUCUCGAUCUGGACAUGCGAUACUUCGAGGAGAGAUUUUUAUUUUCGGAUCAUCGCAUGAUUCAACUCAAAAGAUAGAAAAAUUAUCGGAUUGCACACUCCAGAGCAUUGGUAGAAAUUUAGUCAAUUCUUUCGAUGGUAGAAGAGGAUCCCUAACAACUGUUUCUGCUGGAACCGAGUCCGUUAUUUUAUGCAGAGGUCUGACGGACGAUUGCGAAAGCUUUGACGGGGAAGUAUCACGAUCAAUCAGUUCUACACAAAUCAAGCAUGACUUUUCUUGUAUGGUAGAAUUCGAAAAUGCACCUAUAAUCAUUGGAUCGUAUUCACCACUAUCCAAUCGCGCGGAAAUACUAACAUCCAGUGGUUGGCAAGAUAUUUCUCCUCAUCCUCAUCAAAUUGACGAACAUACUUGUCUUUCAGUGGACAAUGGGGUCCUUACCAUUGGUGGAUACUUGCACGAUGGCAAUGAAAGAGGUUAUACUAAAAAUGUUUACCUUUUUCGAGAUCAUCAAUGGACAAAAGUCGGUGCCAUGCAAUCAGUUUUUUCUCUUGGGUCUUCAAUAUAUUUUGUUGAUUAUUUUCUUGUUUUUGAUGGUGAAGAGUCCCGAAAUGUUGAAAGGGCAAUGUGGGAUGGUCAGAAUAUAACAUCUUCGAUGAUCAUAAAUGAGCAUGAAGGUCAUAUUUUCUUUAUAAAUGGAGCAAUAACCAGUGACAGCAUUUCUUUCGACUUUUCUUCUGGUCGAUACAAGCCGCUGACAAGGCUUGUUCCAAGUGAACUCUUCACUGACAGCUCGGAAACAGUCGAAGAAAUCAAUGUUCCAAGAACUUCCAGUUCCAUCGGCUUAUCCUCGCUUGGCGCUGCGUUUUCCCAAUUCGUCCUCGAGGAAAUUCUAGAGGCGGACGAAAUCGCCUGCGCUGCGAAUACACUUUCGGUGAAAAAUGAUUCGUUCAUGUGGGAGGCGGAAAGUGGCCUGGAUCAGCAUGGAGUUCCUGUUCCGAUAAAUACAGCGACGAGUUGGAUUGAUGGCAGUGCUAUUUACGGUGGAACUUCAGAGAAAGAAGCCUUUCAGCGCGAAUUUAAAGGCUUGAUUGCCGAGGCUGAUUCUGACAGUCUCCGGAAACUAAUCGCUCUUCAAAUGCAGAAAAUUCGCCAUAGUGACUGGCGAUGGUUUGAAAAUUUCGAAUUGAACUCGCUGCUCGAAAGUGAUGAUGUCGCGCGAAUUUCGGCGACCACGUGGUUGGAUGUUUUGAGCAUGGCGUUUGGGGAUUCUUUCGAUUGGAAUGGGAAUGGUUUUCAAAUUCUAGAGCCAGGGGCUCCUUGUGUGAUGGAUGCGAAUGUAGAAGAGAUUUUUUUAGAAUGCGCAAAAAAGCAACGUCUGUCAAACUUGGUUCAAGCAAUUAUUUCCGCCAUAAUCGUCCUUGUGGUAAUUUUGGCGAUUUAUCUGACCAUGGUAUUUUGGACUAAGAAAGAACGCACCGCAAGACAGCGGAGAGAGAGCAUGAUCCAGAUCAAACCCACAAACUCUCAAAUGCGACGAUACACUCAAUUCGGACAAUCAGUCCUUGCUGGGCCUGGUGCUUUGGCUCAAAGCUUUCAGGCGACGGAAAUUGAGUGUACUGAGAGUUUUGAGGAUCGGGAGGUGACGAUUGGCUUUGAAAAAGAAGGAGAUAAGCCCUGUAUAAAUGUGAUGAAUAAUUUCGGUGAAAUGGACCAGUACUUCAUCCACAAAAUGAGCGACCCGAACAAGUCUCCCUCAAUUUCCGGCUUCGUCGCGAAAAAUCGUCGAAUGGACACUUUGCUUCUCAAAAAUCACGGUCGAAAAGACCUGUAUCUUGAAUUUGCUUCAACUUGGCAGAGAAAUGUCUUUGUCCAAGUUUUGAAAAGUUUUACCAUCAAUAAUGGAGUUGAGCUUGAUUUGAAAGAAGAGUUGGACAAUAAUAUCGACGAAAUGGCCAUGUCUGGAGGAAAACGAAGAAAGCUUAUCGAGGAUUUUCUUCAAAAAGCGUUCACCAAAAUGGUUGGAAAAGAUGAUGACGAAGAUUCUGUUUUUACAAAUAUUGUCGACUAUGAUGAUGAACAUGGACAACUGAUUCUUUCGCAAAUUGAACUUGGCCAGCUCUUUGGCCAACGUCAGAGCUCGACGUUUAUACAGUAA